CAAAUAAACCGCAAGGUGGCGGCAAUGCGCUGGUUGUUGAUGGUUACUCUACCGGAAAUAAUGGAGUAGAAGAAGGAAAUAGUAUCCUGCUAUGGGGCCGCCCCGUCUAAUGGCGAGCUAACAGCAGCAACACUCUCCGCCAUUGUGACUCGGGGCUCGUUCUCACCGCGCUCGAUAAUGCCGAAGAUGAAACUACGGAUGAAAACGGGCGAGGAAGGUGGCGACGAAACGGCCGAGGAAGAUGCGUUGGAUCCGUCGGAACGCCAACAUGUUCCCAAUGUGCUCUCUCCCACCUCCGUGUCCAACAGGCUGGAGCGUUGCCCCGAAGCCCGAUCUUAUCCACCCCAGCUGGACAAGGAGACUGUCUUCGAGUGGUUCGGCCUUCAUCUGAACCCUGCCAAGCGAAUCGAGUUCAUGUGCGGGCUGAUGCAUAUGUGCCAACCCCUGGAGCUUCGCUUUUUAGGAUCUUACUUGGAAGAUCUGGCUCGGAAGGAUUAUCACGUUUUACGGGACUUUGAGUUCCGUGCGAAUAAUCCACACGAGUUGGGGAUUUUAACGGACUUAAUCGACCCGGUGGUGAGGUCCAAACUACUGGUGUGUCUUUCCCUCCUCGGGUCUGACAGCAGAGAAUGCGCCGGGAUCCUCUUUCGCAUACUGAGCCAUGUAAAUCCGUCCCUGUUCUACAAAAAAUACGACUACUCCCUUCCUUCAUUCAGGGACCCUCAGCACCACCACUCGUUCCAUCCGGAUGGGAACGCGUGCAAACAAACGUGCGGGGUCUCCAGCAACGAGAUCCCCGCAGGACCUUUGGACCAGUUAGCCCUGCUUUUCAGUAUGGCCUCCCUUCACCCAGCUUUUCACUUUCACCAGCGGGAGACGCUUCGGACUCAACUUGACAAAAUUGAGCUCGCAAUAGAAGAGGACAGACGUCAGCUUCAUAGAAACGCACAAACAGUUCUGCCAGGCCAGAAGGUUGAAUAUCUUCCGUCUUCAUCUCUGGGUUUGGGGGAAUGUGCAGAUUCCCAUCCUCCUUGCCAGAGUCGACGUUCCAGGCGCGGAGCGAUACAAAGAGAAGCGGUGCAUAUAGAAGCAAUCGUGCUCAAGUGUAUCUCUCUGACCAGGAUAGACAAGGAAUACAAUUUUGAGGUGAAGUGGUCAGACUCCUCCUCUAGUAAUGUGACCAAAACUCAUCUGGAACUGGAAAAUUUCCUUUUUAAGCUUCCUAAAAAUCAGUGCACUGAGUCAUUUAAGAAGGGCCUCUUGAGACUUUUAAGUCAAGGUGACCACUAUGAGAGCAGAGAGGGCGAGAAAGGCCUCAGGGAAAAGUUCCUUGCUGCUCCUCCAGUUUUCAGACAGACCAGAAAGGUUUGCAGCUUCUUCAAUUGUGACUCCAGUUACUCUGCAAAACCAUCAAAUUGCCGUUGCAACUGUCAGUUGGGGAAAAACUUACAAGGAGAAUGCUCUGACGCCUCAAGUCAGGACGAAGGUAUAGAACCAUACAGCCAGAGCCACAAGAAAAAGCAUGGAGCCAAGAGUGCAAGUCAAAGUUUGUCUAGUGCCAAAGGCCAACAAGGAGACAAUCGGAGGGGGCCUCAUGUCUCUGAGCUCAGUGAACCAGCAGAAAGGAGGAAGAGAGGUUUCAACUCAAGAAGCGUGCCAGAACGUGAUCAGGAGACAGAGAAGCGAAGUCACCCAGGAGCCAAGAAUAAGGGCAGGAUCCUUCCAGCAGACAGAGACAUCGAAAGGGGAGCUUUAUAUGUGACCAAUGGUAAUCUGGCACCAACUCGUUUGCCUCAGAAGAAAGGGUUGGUGGCUGUUGCAGGUUCUGGCCCGGACACCUUAAGUGAAACAUCUUCAGAGAGCUACAGUUCUCCAUCAAGUCCACAACACAGAGGAGGAGAAAGUUUGGAUAGUGAGGAUGAUCAUAAUAAAGAUACUGACAGCCACUCUGAUGACUCCUGCAAAGUACCCGGCCCCGGGAUGUUCUUCGCUCAUCAAGGAGAUCCAAGUGUCGCAGGAAACCCCAUGUCUGUCCACCCUUUGUCCUCCAACAACCACACAGCCCAGAUCGACUUCCCCGGCCCUGAGAACAGCAUCCAGUUCCCCCCUCUUUCCUUCAUGCAUCCUCUGCCUGACGUGCUCCCUAACGGGGCCUGCGACCCUCCGCUGACAGUGCCUCCGCCUCCCACUCAAGGCCUCCUCCCAGAUGGGAAGCCACCCUCUGGUCCGUUGAUGAUGCCGAUGCCUCCUGGGGUUCCAGUUAUGCCGGCCCCUGGGGAACUGGAAAAAAGGGACACGAUGCCAGCUUUUGGCGUUCUGUCUAUGGGCUUCCAACCUGGUGUGCAGCCCAUGGUCCAGAGGUUCAAAACAGCUUUGGCACUUAGUCAAGGUGGUCACGAUGGCCUGACAGAGAGCCCAUCUACUCUUGUUGCCUCCCAGUCCGCACAACAAGCCCCCUUGCGACCUAUCGGCGCCACAUCUUCUGGACUCGCUAUGUACCCCACUUCGCUGCAAUGCCAGGACGCCGGCGCUCUCAGUACGGGCCUGACACGCUCACUGCCUCUAGGAGAGGCUUCACACAGCAAACACCCUGGCUUAACCUUACCCUCCGGUCUGCCAUCUGCCUAUGCUUUGUCCCCUGGAAGUGCACCUGCAGGCACCGGACUAGUACCCGCCCCUCCAGCUGUACCCACGCACACCCCGGGCCCUGCGCCCACCCCCAGCCCGGCACUCGCUCACGGCACAGCACUUAGUGACUGUCUAUCUUACAGCAAUGCCAGUGCUUCCUGUGGAAGUGGCUGCGACAAUCCCGUCGCUCUUCAAACUCAGCAGCAACAAGUGCCCCCCCAGCAGGCAGCACCACCACAGCAACAGCACCUAAUGGGCUGCGGCACUUGCGGCUGCCACAACAACUGCGGCAGCCGGGGCGGCGGCAACAGUGCGAGUGGCUGCCAAGCGCCCCUGUUCUUCCCCAGCCACCAAAUGGCGGCAGCGGUGCGUCAAGUCUUCAGCGUCCCACCACCUCUCUUCCAACUGACGAGCCUGUGCAUCAACAGCUACCUCACCCAGGGGCAGCCACCCCACCAGGCCAACGGGGCCGCCACCCUGCCCACCUUCUACCCCGCCGCCCCGCCCGCCGGCCACCCUUCAGCCUACGGCCACCUCCACUCGCAUUCACACAGCCACGCGGACGUGCCGUCGCACAUGCUGAGCACGCAGGUGGUGGCGGCCGCGGCGGCCGCCAGCUACAACCUCCAGCAGCAGAUGACGCCCGUCGCGUCGUUCCAACGCAUUUACCAGCAGGUCUACCCCAAUCCCCUGGGGAUGCUUCAAGCUGCCACUCUGGGGGGCGGCGGGGUCAACAAGAAGAACGGAAGCGUGUCCUGUUCCAACUGCGGUGUGAGCGGGCACUACGCUCAGGACUGCAACCAACCUUCCAUCGACUCCACCCAGCAAGGUGGUUUUCGGUUGAAGUACGCAGCUUCGCACGUUGCAGAGGCACUCGACGGCGCCGACUGAAAAAGUCGAGCCGUUUCCACGGUGAUGGUGAUGCGCCCUUCUUCCUGACACUUCCGCAUGCUCAAAGAGAGCGACAGCGUCAACAAAAAUACAGGAGCCUUCUCAGAGAAAGCAAAACCUGCAAAGGGCUCAGCGGACAAAGCCGACAAAAAGUAUUUGUGCCUCAACCUUGUUCACACGAAGUGAUUUCAACGUCUCGUGCACAUGAGUUCCUCCACUUUCAGUUGAUUUUGGCUAUUUUUUGCACUGAGGGUUGGAAAGUGUUUAACUUAUUACUACUUGAUAAUUAUGGUUAUUAUUAGCGCGCUUUUAGAGACAUUUUAGUUUUUAAAGUGAAGACAAGCCCGAACGACAACAAAGGAAAAGCUCCUAAAACCUGCUAUUUAUGCUUUGUCGACAUUACUGUUUUUAGGAAGGAUUGAUUUGUUAGACCGAGUAUUUUCAAAACAAAAACAGAUUGAUAAUCAAAUCUGAAUGAAUUAUGAAAAUAAUUGUUUUUGACCUCACUGUAAGUUCACCUCAUACGGAAGCUGACUGUGGACUUGAUGUGUGGAUCUAAUGCUUGUUUUGCCACUCAGUAAGAUCAUGGGCAUUUGAAGGCAUUUGCUGUUUUGAGCUUCUAUUUGAUUGCAUAUCCUGCCCCCGCCUUUGUGGAGCUUGCAUGUUCUCCCCGUGCCUGUGUGGGUUUUCUCCGGGCACACCGGUUUCCUCCCACACCCUAAAAACAUGGACAAAUUGGAGACGCGAAGUUGCAUUUAAUUGUGAGCGCAAAUGAUGGUCACUCUAUAUUUGUUGCCUGCAGAUACCGUAAAAACACAAAAAAUGUUUGGAUUUAGUCCAGUAAGUACAGUGAUCCCCUGCAUAUUUGUGGUUCUGCGUUAGUGAGUUCACAAAAAAUAAAAUAAACUUGAAGAACCUAAAGUUUUUUGGUUCUUUUUGAAAAACCUUUAUUUUUGCUGAAGCCAAACCAAUACGGAGACUUUGUCUCCAUCUCGGUGCCACAGACCUAAGUUGAAGUGAGUUAAUUGAGCGAUUAGAAACAAAACAAUUGUAGUGCUUUGCUAUUUUCACAAGUAGCUGGGUUCACUGUACUGACCGCUUGCCUUAUUUAGGGCUAUAAGAGUCCUAAGGAAGUGCAGUAUCUAAAGUGUCAGCCUGCAAAUAAUAUGUUAAAACAUCAGUAAAAUGGACAACCAGCCAGUUGGUGGAUGCUAACAAUUUGCAAUGUUUCAAAUUUUACAAGUAAUAAUCGUUCAUCUGGAAUGCCUUUUAUGUGUAAGUACUUUAUACAGGUAGCUCAUUUCAGGUGUAUUUACACACUAAAUCUAUUUCAGAUUUGGCGGAUACAAAAUGCAACAAUGUACGUAUUUAUUAUUAUUAUUAAUUGAUGUACAGUAAAUGUCAGUGGCAGUCGAACAUUCUGGAGACGCUGAUUGAGGGCCUCUGCAAAAUUUAAAUAUUAGCUCAUCCCAACAAGUCGGAAAUAUUUGAUGAAAACUAAAGUACGCUUAAGCUGAAAGAACACGGCAGCCAAUCAUGGCGUAAACCACCCUUCUCACAAACCAUUUGGGCUAACCAACUUUGUGGUGAAAUUUUAUAAGGACUUAAAUGCACUAUAAACGUGAACUAAUUUGACUUUUGAAUGCAACUAAGAGUCUCCAAUUAAGGGUCACUACUAGGACUAUUCAGCCACUAAUAAAGGAGGGCACAAUCGAACCACUGUCUUUCUAGUAAUGUAUUUUGGCUUCCGGGGAUAUCAUUUAAAAGCUGUAACAGCUCUCCAUUAUUGUUUUUGUUUUUGGUAACAAUACUGUUUAUCAUGCUCUGACAUCCUUUCUCCACUUCUGUUGUGUUCACGAGAGCUGCUCGCUGUUGCAAAUGAAGAACUAUGCAUGUAAAUUUCGUUCACAGUAGGUUGUAAAUCUUAAAUGGAGGUGCAAUGGGGGUGGGAGGGGGGCACUGUUGUCGGGACAAAUUUUCUGAAGUUACUUCUGCUUCCAAGGAAUGACUUUUUUUUUUUUUUUCUCCUUCCCAAAUUAAUAGACUGAA